GCUCUACCCGCCCGACAAUGGUCCUCUGUCAUUCUCAUCCAAAGUGUGUUAUAUAAAGUACCGAGACCCCUCCAGUGUUGGUGUGGCGCAACAUCUCACUAAUACUGUGUUUGUUGACAGAGCUUUGAUAGUAGUGCCAUGUGCGGAAGGUGAGUGCAAUCCGUUUCACUCUAAAAUGAAAUGUCUUGAGUGGACCUGCUAUGUCCUUCCUCCCUUUGAGUGCAACCGUUUGGUGUUUUGGUUGAAUUCAGGGUUUGUUUGUUUUUAUUCACAAGGAAAAUUGGCAAGUUGUGCCAUUGGCUAGUUCUGAUUGGUCACAAAGUAGUUUUACACAGGUGACUGGGUUGUAUCACCUCAUUAAACACUAGCUUGCUAAUCUCUAUUAAAGUGCCCAGCCAGGGUUUCUGUUUGGUGUCACAAGGUUGUUUCUUUCUACAGAUAAUAUUAGAUAAAGUUUUGUUUUUUUCACUGUAAACACUGGAUUCUCUGGAAUAAGUAGCUUGUGUAGCUCCCCGAAAGAAACUGUCAUUAAUGAUAUCUGUUUCACGGUAAUUACAAAAUAAGUCCAUUACAUCACAGCUAACUAAAACCCCUUUCUCUCUUUCAUUUUUGGUGCUCCUUUUUCUUUAAAUUUCCCUCCCUUUUGGUGCCACUGUUGUUCCCUUGUGUACAGUCAAAAAAAAAUGAUAUCACCUCUAACUUGAUGCUUUUUGUCCACGUGACUUGGUGCUGGAUGGCUACUGAGUUUAUUAAUUUGGUUUUGUAUGUUUUUUCUGUGUGAUUAUGUGUGCAUAUCAGAUGACUAGACUGGCCCAGCUGUUACACUACACUAGCCUGAGUCAGGCAUUGUUUUCCAAGCCACUAUCCCCGAUCGGGCCAACGCAGCCUUCAAGGGGGAAUGUGACCAGGAGAAUAGCCCGCUGAGCCUUCCAAGAUGGACACCUUGUCUCUUUUUAUUUAUUUUUCUUUUCUUUUGCUGCGGCUUGUGUGUGAUUGAAUUCUGUCCAGGUUGCUACGGCAUACCGGUGGGAUGUGUAUCACACAUGGGAUGCUAGGAGGAUCACUAACACUUAACUCUCUUGUCACCUACUCCUGUUGACAUAGCGAGGGGCUAGACAUUAUAAAAAGUGAGACCCAGUAAUAGAAACUUUAUUUGCACUUUAUUUCAUCUGUGCUGAAAUCUGUUGUAAAAGGCAACAUUUACAAGUUUCUCCUCACAGUAAUACAUGACAGUAUUUGAUAAUAACACAGACAUUCUCCAUUCAACAUCACUUUCUUUUUUUAACUUGGAAAUUUGUGACACAUGCAUUAAUGCUUUGUGGCGUAAUUUGUCUUGAACUAUAUUUCCUAGCACUAGAAGAACUUUUCCAGUCAGACACAUGGUAAUUCAUGCUCAGUGCCUCCAGCUAUGAUGAACUGAAUUUUAAGUUAUUUUGUCUCUUAUUAGUCUAAACAUAGCCCUCUUCUCCAGCAGUAGGAAGCAGCAGAGUUUAAUCCAUAGGUGGAAUGAGCAAAAAUUCCUAAUUGGUUGUUUUUUUUGUAGCUAAGUCUUGGCUAACAUUUCCUACAGUUCUUAAAAUUGUUGUUCUUUUCUGUAUCUGAUGUCCUGUGUGCUAUUAGUGAUGCAGCCAUUGGGGUUGUCUUGUGUUGCACACCUUUCCAACACUGCGAAACGAUCGCCCCACGGAAAAGCGCCCAUGCUUGAUAUCGUAUGGUUCAUGACCAAUAUGUUUCCAGUACAGGGAAAAUCCCAGAGGAGGCCAAGGCCUUGUCACUUUUGGCACCUGCCACCCCAGUACCCAGUCUGAUUCCUGGUGGGGGACUGCUACCAAUUCCUACUCCAGCCCCACUUCAGAAUCUGAACCUUCCCAUAGUGAAUCGGAUAUCAGCUGGUCUGGACCCCGCAGCAUCAGCACUCGCCCAGCCCCCCCUCAUGGGAAAUGUGGAUCCGUCAAAGAUUGAUGAGAUCAGGAGGACCGUGUAUGUUGGCAACUUGAACUCACAGACAACCACUGCAGAGCAGCUGUUGGAGUUCUUCAAGCAGGUGGGAGAUGUAAAGUUUGUGCGAAUGGCUGGAGAUGAGACUCAGCCGACACGUUUCGCCUUUGUGGAGUUUGUUGAGCAGGAGUCAGUCUCCAGAGCCCUGACCUUCAAUGGAGUCAUGUUUGGAGACAGACCCCUGAAGGUUAAUCAUUCCAACAACGCCAUAGUAAAACCCCCAGAGAUGACGCCACAGGCAGCUGCUAAGGAGCUAGAAAGUGUGAUGAAGAGGGUGAGGGAAGCCCAGUCUACCAUUGCUGCUGCUAUAGAGCCAGUGGAAACAAAGAAGCGUUCGUCCAGUCGGUCUAGAAGGGGACGCAGGUCACACUCGCGGUCACGUUCCCGUUCACACUCCCGGACGCGGAGGAAAAGGUCCCGUUCGAAACACAGCAGACCGCCGCAGAGGUUGUGGCCAAGGAGUGACUCCCACAGUUCGCGAGGCGGCCACAAGAGACGCUCUCGCUCCAGAGACAGGAGACACAGUCGAAGUCGCUCGAGGGGCCACAGGAGGAGGAGUAAGGAUCGGUCCAGGAGCCCUCGAAGAAAAGCCAGAUCACCCUCACCAAAAAGAGGUAAGAAAGAGAAGAGGAGGGAGCGCAGCAGGGACAGGAAGGACCGCUCCACAUCCAGGAAGAGGAGCCGCAAGGACGAGGACAGGAUAAAGAGCAAGGCCAAGCCAACAAAGGCGGAAAGAGACUAUGACAGAGAAGAGAAGGACGACUUCGAAAGUGACAGAGAAGACUCGGUCACACUGAGCGAGGACAUGACAUCAUCACCCUGCGUCCAGCACAACGGCAGCUACAAGUCUCACAAUGAGGAGGAUGUGUACAUGGGUGCAGACGGCACCAAGUGACUAUUACACCACCAUGGAAACUGCUCUAAUGAUCCCAUUGCGUGUGUAUACAUACAUGAACACCAGAUUACCACUAACAACAGCGUGUUUCCCCCCACCAUCGUCUCCUGUCGUACAAUCUGAUUUUAUUGUCUAUUGUCCUGUAAUCCAACUCAUUUUCAGUAUCCCACUGUAAGGGCAAGUGAGCGCUCGGUACAGCAGAGAUAAACCUUAUGUUUAUGCGUUAUGAUAUCUUGUAAGAUAACCGUACAACACUAAACACUGAAACUGCCAUCAAAAACAAUAUUUAAAUAAUAGAAGCUUCUCAAACUGUGGCAUGGCUGCCAUAUUGGAUUGCAUCAUUUAUACAGGUGAUAUUGUGUCCACCUCCUGUGCGUGUGUUCACUACUUGAAGAGCUCAUUUCCUGUUCUUUCUAUAGAGAUUCUAAAACUGCAGUGCACCCCAGCAGACUAGAUGAGCGUGCUCGCCUGAACCAGCUGCAGAGCUUCUGACGAUGGCAGAAAAUCCAGCAGGAAGAGUUUCCACUUGUUUGUCCAGAAUUAUGAAGUUUUUAAUCGCAGCGUUGUCCCUGGUUACAUUGAUAUUACUCCUCCAGUGACAUCAUGCCGUUUUCUUAAGAAAAGAAAUGUUUAUCCAAAUAUCACCAACAGCAAUAUGCAGCAAGGUUGCCUACACAGGUAUAGGCCUGUGCUGCGUCAGAACAGGAAAAGUCCCCAAAUGAGUCAGUGACACACAAAGAUAAGAAGGCGUGUUUUGCAGAAAAGUUUUAAGUGUUAAUCUGCCCAAUGCGUUCGUAAAUGUGGGCACUUUAAGGCACAAAAAGGGCCUGGACUGGCAGCUGCUCUGGAUCGCAACGCAUUUGAAGCUUGGCAGCAGGCAGCAUUUAAUACAAAGUAUUAAAAUGAUAGGAAAUAACUCUUACUAUCCUAUAAUGUGUAUCUGCUCCUGUCUGUAACAGUAAAGUAACUUCAGUUUUAGUGGAAACUGAAUGAAUUCAUUUGUAGGGCUGUUUUACAUUAUGUGAUGUAAUGUGUCUCUUAGGGCCCCCCAGUUGAAUCGUCACUGUUUUCAGAGAGCUUUGCUAGCACUGAGUUGGUUGAUGCUAUAUUUUGCAUCACUUGCGUUUUGUCAAUACAUAAAUUAAAGUGAUUGUAGUAUAAUCCAGGCCAUUAUCAUGUUAGGUUCAGUAUCUAGAGUUAGUAUUUGUUGCUCACUAGCACACCAAAAGGCAAAGGAAGUACCAUCAAAACAGAGUUCCUCUCAGCUUUUAUUAGCCAGCUGAAUUCGAGUUCAUUACUGACGCCUCGUGAAGUAAAAAUAAACUCUCUCACUGAGGUCUCAUGGGGUGUAACUGUUCUUCCUCCUCGGCUGCUCUGGUCGUAGUGUGGCUCUGACAACAACUUCCUAUAUUCUGUCUAUUUACUACAUUUUUAAUACAUGUUCCUUGGUUAAAAAAAAAAAAAAGGAACCUAAGUGUAAGAACAUGAGGGCCCCUCUCAGUGUAUGGAUGACAUUAAAACAGGAUUCCUGCUCAUGCUAAAAUGCUCAUUUGCCCUUUGUGUGGUGUUUCAAUCGACCAGGUCCGUGAAGUGUCCUUUUUAUUUCCUCUUUUGCUCCAUUUUUUCUCCAUCCUCUGGGAAAUGGAGUGUCCUACAAAAUGUACGGUGUUGAUUUUAUGACUUGUGCUGUAAUUAUGAGAAUGCAGAAUUGUAUUCUACUGUUUCUGUGAACCUGUUGCUAAUAUAUUUUAGUAAAAAAAAAAAAAGAAACAUUUCUUAUUUGGUCGACAUAAAUACAGUGUUUUAUUUCCUGUUUUUUGUUUUUGUUUUAUGGGUGUACAUUUACUUUCUUUCUUUUUUUACAUUUCUGAUCACAAGUAGUCGCAACAAGAUCACAAUGUAUCAUGUUCUUUUACCUGUUAUUGUUGUAAUGCUGUGAGAUAAAAACAAUUUACUGUUUUAUAGAUACAACACAGGCCUAUACUGUAAAAUGACGGUGGUUUGCAAAAUGUCUGUCGGCUCAUAUUGCUCAAGAAAGCGAGACGCAAACAGAAGCUUGCAGCGGCUGUCUAUAUGAGGCUGAACAAUAUAUGUCAAAGGUCAACGAACUGCAAGCACAGAAGGGUCAAAAAGUGCCUAGACUAAGAUUGUACAGAAUAUUCUAAUAAAAAAUGGAGACUUAUUGACAGAUGCAACCUGAAUUUAUUGUUCAUGAUGUUUAAUAGGUAAAACUAAUGAGAUGUUAUAUUAAAGUAUUGUCUGUUGUCUUUAGUAAUUAAUAGCAGAAUAGAGUGAACAUUGAUGGGACUUUUUGUGUUUGCUUUUUUUUUUAUUUUAACGUUCUGUUAUUUUUGGUGUUGCCGUUUGCGUUAUUGUGAUUGUGUCAAAAAAUGAAAGAGGUUUUUGUGCAAACUGGCCCCAGAUUGAGAUCAGUGUUUUUUUUAAGUUUCUGAGAAAGCUUACUACAUUUUAAAAGCUUUACUUUUAAAAGGAGACGUAAAGACUUUAUGACUGUCCUCGCCAAAUUCCACUUGUAUGGCUUUUACAAACCUAAUUUGAUUGUAUUUUUUUCUUUUCUUUUCCUGCUUUUUUACGUACACAAAGCUUCAGUUUGAAGUGGUGAACUCGUGAUAAAGUUUAGUAAAAAAAAAAGCAUUUCCAACAAAACUGACAGUAUGUAAAGAAUUUUAUUUUUUAUAUGCGCUAUGCUCGGUAUAUACUGUAGAACCGGCUGACGGUUUGCUCCUGGGGGAUCGGCACUAGAUGUCUGUGUUUGGGACUUGAUGUAAAGGUUUGAUAACGCUGUUUUUGAAGAGCUUGGAUGUAUGUAUGUGAUCCUCCUCAAUUUGAAUCUAACAAUACAUCUGAUCUGUUUCCAAAAACACUCAAUAAAGAGACUUUUCAUUCA